GUCUGCUCUGUGCAGAGGGAGUGGAGCGCGGAGGGCUUGUGGCUUCGUAGUUCCUCUUCUGUGAACAGCCGAGAUCACGCGCUCCUCCCCAGCCACCCGUUCCUCCCCGCAGUCCUUCCCCUCCACUCCCUUCCCCUUCUCUGCUCACGCAGGGAGCCCAGGAAGCCUCCGCCUCAGAGAUGCUACCGCUGCUGCUGCCCCUGCUGUGGGCAGGGGCCCUGGCUCAGGAGCGGAGAUUCCAGCUGGAGGGCCCAGAGUCACUGACGGUGCAGGAGGGUCUGUGCGUCCUCGUACCCUGCAGAUUGCCCACUACUUCUUCAGCCUCGUACCCUGAUUAUGGCUACUGGUUCCUGGAAGGGGCUGAUGUUCCAGUGGCCACAAAUGACCCACAUGAAGAAGUGCAGGAGGAGACCCGGGGCCGAUUCCACCUCCUCUGGGAUCCCAGAAGGAAGAACUGCUCCCUGAGCAUCAGAGAUGCCCGGAGGAGGGACAAUGCUGCAUACUUCUUUCGGUUGAAGUUGAAAUGGACGAAAUACGUUUAUACAUCUUCCAAGCUCUCUGUGCGUGUGAUGGCCCUGACCCACAGGCCCAACAUCUCCAUCCCAGGGACCCUGGAGUCUGGCUGUUCUAGGACCCUGACCUGCUCUGUGCCCUGGGCCUGUGAGCAGGGGACGCCCCCUAUCUUCUCCUGGAUGUCAGCUGCCCCCACCUCCCUGGGCCCCAGGACCACCCAGUCCUCGGUGCUCACAAUCACCCCACAGCCCCAGGACCACAGCACCAACCUCACCUGUCAGGUGACGUUCCCUGGAGCCAGUGUGACCGUGGAGAGAACCAUCCAGCUCAAUGUCUCCUGCAUGUUGAGGCAGCCACCUCUUUCCACCCCAGAUGCUCCACAGAAAGUGGCCGUCAGCAUCUUCCAAGGAAACAGCACAGCCUUCAAAAUCCUGCAAAACACCUCGUCCCUCCCUGUCCUGGAGGGCCAGGCUCUGCGGCUGCUCUGUGAUGCUGACAGCAACCCCCCUGCACACCUGAGCUGGUUCCAGGGCUUCCCCGCCCUGAACGCCACCCCCAUCUCCAAUACCGGGGUCCUGGAGCUGCCUCAAGUAGGGUCUGCAGAAGAAGGAGAUUUCACCUGCCGUGCUCAGCAUCCUCUGGGCUCCCUGCAAAUCUCUCUGAGUCUCUUUGUGCAUCGGAAACCAGAAGGCAGGGCUGGUGGUGUCCUGGGAGCAGUCUGGGGAGCUGGCAUCACAGCCCUGGUUUUCCUCUGUGUUUGCUUCAUCUUCAGGGUCAUCAGCACCAGUUCCAGACAGGCAUAGUUUCAGACCAUCCUGCGGAGGCUGGCCCCAUCUCAGAAGAUGAGCAGGAGCUCCACUAUGCUUUCCUACGCUUCCACAAGGUGCAACUUCAGGAACCAAAGGUCACCGACACAGAGUACUCAGAAAUCAAGAUACACAAGUGAGGAAUUGUCCAAAGCCAUAACCUUGAUUGGAGAGAACAUGGUACCUCUCAGUGUAUUGGUUACUAGGGCUGCCACAGCGACGUACCACAAACUGAGUGACGUAAACACAGAUCUUUAUUUUCUUAUAGUUUCAGAUGUUAGAGGUCUGAGAACAAGGUGUUAUCAGGGUUGGUUCCUCCUAAGGCCUCUCUUGUUGGCUUGUAGAUGGCUGUCUCCUCCUUGUGUCUUCACAUGGUCUUUCCUCUGAGUGCGUUUGUGUCCUAAUCUUCUCUUCUUAUAAAGACACUAGUCAUAUUGGAUUAGGGCUUCCCCAUGACCUAAUUUAAAUAAAUUAACUAUUUAAAGACCCUCCAAAUACAGUAACCUUCUGAGAUAUUGAGAUUUAGGACUUCCAACAUAUGAAUUUUAGAAGGGAACAACUUAGCCCAUAACACUGUGUCCAAUUCUUUUAAAAUUAAUGUUUUUGUUGUCAAUGGACUAUAUAAAUUCCUUCAUAUAUAUGGCAGACCACAGGACUUCUGUCCAGGAGAACCGAGUUCAACUCCAUCUAUGCCAGCUAUUGAGCAAGUCACUUUAUCUCCCUGCUCUGUAAGGCAGGGAAAUAAUUUCCAUCUAACCAGAUUAUUGUGAAAGGUCAAAGAAAGCAUACAGCUAACAUACAGCUUUGUUAGCUGUAAAACAGCUAACAAAGAUCCUGACACAAAGGUUUUCAUAAAGUCUGUAUAUUAUUGUAAAUAAAUGCCUUGUAUCUGGCUUUGGUUAGCUUUUUUUUUUUUUUUUUUUUCCUGAAACAGAGUCUUGCUGUAUCUCCCAGGCUGGAGUGCAGUGGUGCGAUCUCGGCUCACUGCAAGCUUUGCCCCCUGGAUUCAUGCCAUUCUCCUGCCUCAGCCUCCCAAGUAGCUGGGACUACAGGAGCCCACCACCACACCCGGCUAAUUUUUUGUAUUUUUAGUAGAGAUGGGGUUUCACCAUGUUAGCCGGGAUGGUCUUGAUCUCCUGACCUGGUGAUCCACCCUCCUCAGCCUCCCAAAGUGCUGGGAUUACAGGCAUGAGCCACCGCGCCCGGCUUUGGUUAGCUGUUUUAACAGACGGUUUCUGCUGGCAAUUUUUUCUAAGGCUAAAAAGGAGUAGGCCCAGAGGCCACAGCACCAGGUGUCUGUGUCAACCCCUGUUCAGAACUCUUCAUGACUCCCCAAAAUAAGGUUUCCAUCCAUCAUCUUUCUGCUCAAGCCUUUCUACAUGAUCUUGUCCAUCCAGAUUUCCCCAAAUCAAUUCCUCACCAGUCACCAAUACCCCAUGUCCAUUUCCGCAGCUUCCUCUUACAAAUCCCAGUCUCCACUCUUUCAGUGAAAUUGAAGAAAGCAUUUAAUGAAGACCAACUAUUAAGGAAAAUUCUUAAGAGUAGCCACGAAAAAUAAAAAGACAGAUUACACUUAAAAGACCACAGUCAGCAGUGGCUCAUGCCUGUAAUCCCAGCACUUUGGGAGGCUGAGGUGGGUGGAUCACUGGAGGUCAGGAGUUCGAGACUGGUCUGGCCAACAUGGUGAAAUGCCAUCUCUACUAAAAUACAAAAAUUAGCUGGGCAUGGUGGUGCUUGCCUGUAAUCCCAGGUACUUCAGCAGGCUGAAGCAAGAGAAUUGCUUGAACCUGGGAGGUGGAGGUUGAAGUGAGCUGAGACUGCAUCACUGCACUCCAGCCUGGGUGACAGAGCGAGACUCCAACUCAGAAAAAACAAAACAAAACAAACAAACAAGCAAAAAAACCACAAUUAGACUGACAGCUGACUUUUUUAGGAGCAAUAUUGGAAGGCUAAAUGCAAUAGAAAGAUGUCUUUGAUGCCUUAAGAGAAAUAAAUGUUGCUUUAGAAAGCCUACUCAAUGAAAACACAUUUUAAGACUGAAAGUGAAAUAUAGAUAUUUUAAGGAAAACCAAAAUAUGUGAGUGUCAAUAAAGAAAAGAUUUCUCAAAUAAAUUCUAAAAUAUAUAAUUCAGGUAUUAGGAAAGUGAUCCCAGAUUAGAUUUUUGAGAUCCAAAAAAAAAAAAUGAAAACCUAAGAAAGUAGCAAAUAUGUGAGCAAAAUGAAACAAAUACUUGUUGUAAAAAUAAUGACGGUUUGUAGAGGGGUCAAACAUCAAAUGUAAUAUUGAAAUACCAAUAUUAUGUAGCCCACAAACUAUAAUAACAUAAAGUUCAGAAGAGUGUAAAUAGAACUUCUAUUACAUAAAGUCUUUAUAUUAUUCCAGAGAAAAGUAAAUGUUUUGAUGAAUGUUA